UCCAAGUAAUACAGUAUUAACAAUACAUCAAAACAAGAAAAUAAAAGAGAAGAAGCGAUAUUAAUGUGCAAUGAAUUCUAUAGAAACAGAAUAUAUAAAUAUAUAUAAUUCAAUGAUUACUAGAAAAUCUUUCUUGUGUAUUUUACAGGGCUGGGAAGUUUUCAUAAUGAGUGUAUUAAGAAAGCUAAAUCACCUAUCAAAUUGUUUUCUGGCUCCUGGGUAGGAACCCCCUGUGAGAGAGAAAAGAGAAGGAGAAGACAGGAGGGCUUGUGAGUGCGUCAGAUACCCUGUGAGAGAGUUGGCCCAGUUCAAUUUCCCUGCCACAUAUGUCAAACGGUCUUGUUUGCAAAGGCUAGUGUUUAAGUGUGGAUCUGCUGAGCUUCUCAUCUCCUAGCUGGCUGCUCUACUCUGCUCUACUCUGCUGGGCUGGAAGAACUGAUGAAGAAGUCUACUAGAACCCUGUGCUGUCAGAACCCCAUCCAGAGGGUAGAGAUGGGUGCUGCUUGUGCUCAGCUCCUCUUCGCUGCCAUCUUCUGGUCAAUGCCUUACACUGGCGCUGCUGUUGUGCUGUCCGUAUCCAAAUCCAACCAGACAGACCUUCUCUACCUAACCAGACCUGGCUUCGAGGCAGACCCUGACUCUGACUGGAGUAAUCUGAAUCUUAUCAGCAUCAACGUGCCUCGUAGCCGAAAGAGGCGAGCCAUCUCCUCCAGAGAAAUGAAUGCCUUGUUGGAUUAUCACAACCGUGUCCGCUCCCAGGUCUUCCCUCAAGCUGCCAAUAUGGAGAUCAUGGUGUGGGAUGGGAAACUGGCAAAAUCCGCAGAUUCCUGGGCCUCCCGCUGCAUAUGGGAUCAUGGACCCUCACAGACCAUGAGAUAUAUGGGCCAAAACCUGUCCAUCAACUCUGGCAGAUACCGAUCAGUCAUUGAGCUGGUGAGGUCCUGGCAGGAUGAGAAAUACUCCUUCUCUUACCCCAACACAUGCAGUGGACCAGUUUGUUCCCACUAUACACAGAUGGUAUGGGCCAAUACCAAUAGGAUGGGAUGUGCCAUCAACAAAUGCUCAAACAUGAACGUGUACGGGAGCUCUUGGAGGACAGCAGUGUUCCUGGUUUGCAACUACUCUAUCAAGUAAGUAGUGUACACACGAAUCCUUCUCUGUUCAUAGCAAGAGCAAGCUGUCUUGUUAUAAUGAACACAAAAAAGCCAAAUCUAUAGUAUAUACCCAAUAUAGAUUAAAAUGUUUCUUUUUCAUUGUAUAAGCUAAAUUCAUCAGAGCCUUAUAUUGAAAUGAAUAUUCUUUAAUAAUGAAAGGAAACAAACAAAUAAACAAACAAGAUCAGUAGUUAACCAUGUUUUAUUGUUCUUCCAGAGGGAACUGGGUUGGAGAAGCUCCCUAUAAGAGUGGCAAGCCAUGCUCUGCCUGUCCAUCAAAAUAUGGAGGUUUGUGUAACAGAAACCAGUGUUCCUCCGCUGGUUCAAAAGCCAAAGCAAAGAAAAUAAAAAGAUAUUAGAAACA